AGGAGGGAAUAGCCUUUUGAAGUUCGGUUGGUAACGACUGUAUUCAACGUUGAUUUCGUCUUCUACAACAAGGUAUUAGGUGACAACUUUUUAUCGAGCAUCAAACCAACAAUGACAACCAAAGAAAGUCCACCGCCCGCUGCUUCUGCUCCAGUCAUGACAUCAUGUCGUAGGAAAAAAUCAGAGGAUGCAACUUUCUUGCAGGAUGUGAAAGAUCACAUUGAUGAAUUUAUAAACGCAUCCAUGGAUGAACAUAAGACAUGCUUCCAAAAGACUAUCUCAAAGAUGUUUGGAAUGUCUAAAGUUGUUGCAGAAAGAAACGCCGAUAAUGAUAAGGAAGUUGAGAGUUCAUUGCCCCUACGAGUAGUCGUUUCUGAUUAGUAUAUAACUGUGUCAUUGUAGUGGUUGCAGCACGUGAUUCGACUUCAAUGAUUUUAUGAAAUCGUUUGCUUAACGAAUAUGCAUGCUCUAUAGAAAUUGGUUUUCGUAUGAGUCUUUUACUAAAAAA